GAGCGCCCAAAAGCAAGCCGAAGCCUGCCUCCCGGGGCGCGACGCGACCGCAGCGCUCGCCAGGGACAACUUCGGAAGGGCCCGGGGGCUGCCCGACAUGCGGCGGUCCCUGCUGUGCGCCCUAUGGGCAGCCAUCAUAGCACUCACCAGGGCUUCCGUGGUCGACAUCCUCAGCCGCGACCAACCGAAAGGCGAGUUAUUGGUAGCGUUCCCCAUCGCCACUGAUGAUGGGAGACAACUGGGUGAUUUAGAAUUUUAUGAGAAGGACGCGGCCGUCGACGCCGUCGCCGCGUAUUGUGCGAAAAACGAGUUACCGAGUUGGUUCCGGAAGAUGCUCGCCGCGAAGGUCUGUGAACGCACGUUGGAGGCCGACAAAGACUUACUGGAGAAGUUACCGGUCUGUUGGAGGACACGAGCUCUCUACUAUGAAGAGUCGAUUCAAGCCCCGGAUCAAGAUCGAAGCUACCCCGGCAAGCUCGAGGUCUGGGAGGACGAGGACCCCACGAAGGCCGUCGAGUACUUCUUGUUGCAAGCGGAGAAGGAAAUUCUCAAGAAUCGCACGAAAUGGGACGCGGAGCACGAGCGCUGGGAGAAGAAUAGGACGCGGAAUGUGGAGCUUGUGGUGGAGACGGAGCACGUCGCUCGUAGACGUUCAGAAAGAGAUAAAGCUUUGAAACAGAUCUCGGAGCUCGACUGGUUGCUGGAUAACCAUACCUUAUCCGAACCGAUGCGGGUGCCCAAUGGCUGGUUCCGCAAAGCUUUAGUAGAUCAUGUCUGUUCUCUACCAGGAUUGUCGUGUGAAGGUCGGCGGAAGCCUCUCCCAGAAUUACCGAUCACGGUGGACGGCAGUGACAAACCGAGGGGCGUGGUGCGGAUGUUCGAGGGCGCCGAGCGGUGUCGAAAUCACUCAUACGUGACUCGCCAUGCGGCGACGGCGUGGGGGGCGGGCGCCGUCGACGCGCCGUCCGCGCUCAUACGCCAUCGACGAGUGACGCGUCGCGGCGAUGGCGUGGGGGUCGGGCGUACGCCAUCGACGCGACGCGAGUGACGCGUCACCAUCUCCGAAACCGCGCAGGCGACGAGGGCGUCGACGCGGCCUAUUUUUUUGGGAAGCAGCACGGGCUGUCCUCCAAAGAGUUUCGCGAGAGUUUACUAGCUUAUCUAUGUACGCAGGAAGGUGUCUCGUGUACGAGAACGAAAGCUAGGGUGUUUUCUCGGUCUCCAGCGGACAUCCUGGGCGUGCCGGAGAUGGCCUACUGGCCGAAUUUCGAAGUCUGGGAGGGCGAGGAGGCGACGGACAAUGCCUUUGACUAUGCUCGUAGAUAUGAUCUUGAUAUCGAGCAGCGGUACGCGUUGCUGCAUGCCGCCUGUAACGAUGGCUUCGUCGAGUGUGAAAGAGGAGACCCCAUCUCGUUCUUCUUCCCGGUGCACGAAGAUGGCAAGGAGAAAGGGAGAGUCGAGAUGUCGCCCUAUCAGUUGCCAGGCGACGCGGUCUACGACUACUGCAAGCGCGAAAAGUACCUCCAGCCCAAAUACACGAAGAUGCACGUGCGCGCGAACCUGCACGAGACGUUCUGUGCUGCGCUGGAGCAGGAUCGAGGCCUGACGGAGGCGCAGAGGAUAAGUUGUGAGAGCGGGCCUCGCACGGCACGCGAGCCGCGCUUCGUGCAGGAGUUUACGGUGUCCGAACUCAAGUACAAGAUGCCCUUUUAUGAUUCGGAGUUCCCGCCGUGUGACGGCCGACCGGGCCCGGAUGGCUUGGACCCUAGUGAUCCGCUGACGGCAGAAAAUUGGACCGUUGGGUGCGUGCCGCGGGAGCUCCGGGCGGGCGAGGCGUUCUGCGGGCGGGUGCACCCCUACCCGCCCGGGUGCGGGCCGCACAUGGCCGAAUUUAUUGCUACUUCAUUAGCGAGGGCCGAACGGCGCUUGCCUGUGUGGAAAUCAAAUCUCGCGCGAUCACGCCGUGCUUCUGUAGCUGCGUCUGCGCGAUGGCGUGGCGAUCCCACGCCAUCGACGCGAUGUUGUCUCCAUGAUGGCGUUAACCUAACUCACUGGUUGGUUUCCACACAGCCGCCGGUUCCAGAUGACGUCGCCCUUCGGCUACGACUACUACCUGUCGCUGGCGACGCUGCGGGACGCGGACAACGACACGUUGGUCGAUGCCUACCUGGCUGGCAUGGCGCCGGUGGCGGGCAUGCUGGCGGAGACGCUGAGGAAUUUAACGGAGCUGAAUGAGACGCUACGAGCUUCGCGAGAAACGCACUUGCACGCGCGACGAGCUCUCGCGCACGCCCGAGGGGCUCGGCGCGUCGCGACGGAGGCGUUGUACGACGCCGAGUACCGACUGAAAAGUUUGAGGGAUGCUGUUUCUUCGGCUUUUGUAGAAGCCGGCUCCUUCGUCUCGCAGAAGCGGCUGUCGCCGGCGGACGCGGUCCGCGACGCCGCGAUCUUAUUCCCCCCCAUCCCGUUUACACUGCGCGGUUCUAGGAAGGCUCUUGAGGAAGCAAUCGAUGAUACGAAUCGAGCCGACGAGUUACUCCAUGCGGGCGAUUUGCUCUUGGACGACGCGCAGAUCUUACAUGGACAUGCAAGACCACAAGCGGACCACCUCGAGACCAUGUCCCGCGUCUUCCGCGAGGGCUACGAAACGUUAACCGACAAAAAACGGCGCGAGACGCACGACAAGCCCUGCAAGAAGAUUUUUGGAGCGUGCUGCGCCAAGGACACGGAUAAUGGGGGGAAGGACAUCAAGUGCGGCGGGGACUUCGAGAACGCGGAGUGAGUAAUGUUGUUGG